CUCUAUGUUCGCCAGCAUGUGGUUUGCGGAUCUGGGCAACGUUCUCCGACGUUUGACCGAGCCCGGGUCGUUUUAACUUUGUUGGUCCGGGUGGUGUGUUAAACCCACUUCCGGUUAGGGUUUGGCAAAAAAGGCUUACUAGCAUCAUUCAGACUUUUUGUUGAGGAAGCGCUUCCUAAAUUAGGGAAGGUCUUCAUUUCUUCUGCUGGGCACAGUAACAACAGGGUGGUGAUCUUCGGAACUACAAGCCUAACGUUUUUUGAGUACUAGCCCAUGCUUAUUAAGGGGGGAGGCCUUAUAAGGUACCAGCUUACAGACUCCUGUUCGCAUACUACCAUUUCAGACGCAUUUCAAUGGGGUACAAUUUUGCUACUUGUGAGGCUGCCCAGUGCCAUGCGGUGCCUCCUCAUCAGCCAAGACAAGCGACACGAUCCAGUUAUUUUGCCUGAUGGUGCGACUGUGGUUCUGGGCAGGGGACCUGAGACACUUGUCACUGAUAAGAAAUGCUCUCGCACACAAGUGGAGUUGCUGGCAAAUUAUGCCUAUAGAUCUGUUCGAGUCACGCAGCGAGGGGUGAACCCCACGUCGGUGGAGGAGAUACACUUGCGUUGUGGGGACAGCACGACGCUCCAGGAGGGAGAGACUCUGUGCUUGGUGAAUGGACUCUAUCCAUAUCGCAUCCGCUUUGAGGAAGAUUCCCGCUCCCCAAAGAAAACCCUGCUGGAGUUCUUCAGCCCCAGACGCCCUCUGAAUGAGGAGGAGGAGGAGAGCAAAGCCCAGCCAGCCAAGCGCCCCAAGACCUCCUCCUCUUCUGAGGAUGAGGAAGAAGAUGAUGACGUGAACCCUUCAGUAGUUGAGAAACUGAAGCAGCUGCAGGAGACGGCAGCUCAAGCAGAGCAGACACAACAGCCUCCCCAGCAACCCUUCUCGCAGCUGGCCCCCCAGCCCCAUGACUUCUGGGAGGACCAUGGCAAGCUCUUGGUCUUCACGAAGAAAGGGGUGGUGCCUAGCACCAGAGUGGCAGGUUUUGAUCUGGAUGGAACCAUCAUCACUACACAGUCUGGGAAAGUGUUUCCUACAAGCCCUGAUGACUGGAGAAUCCUGUACCCCGAGGUACCCCGCAAGCUGAAGCAGCUUCAGAGUGAGGGAUACAAGGUUGUGAUCUUUACCAACCAGUUGGGCAUCAGCCGUGGGCGCCUCAGGCCCGAAGUUUUCAAAGCCAAGGCGGAAGCCGUGAUUGAGCGGCUUGGUGUCCCACUGCAGGUCUUUGUGGCCACGGGCUCUGGCAUCUACCGCAAACCUGUUCUUGGCAUGUGGGAUCAUCUGUGCAAGAAGGCAAACUGUGGCCUAGCAGUGUCUUUGCAACAAAGCAUCUAUGUUGGCGAUGCAGCUGGGCGUCCACCAAACUGGGCCCCAGGGCAUAAGAAGAAGGAUUUCUCUUGCAGCGAUCGCCUGUUUGCACUGAAUGCUGGGCUUCCUUUCCGCACCCCAGAAGAGUAUUUCUUGGGCUGGAAGGAGGCACUCUUUGCACUCCCCAACUUUGAUCCGCGGGCACUGGACCCCAAGGCAAAGCUGUACGAUCCCCCAGAUGCUUGCCUGACCUCGCCCUCCCCAGAGCUGGUUGUGGCUGUCGGCUUCCCUGCUGCUGGCAAGUCAACUUUUUUGAAGCAAUACUUGGCCUCUGCUGGUUAUGUCUAUGCCAACCGGGACACACUUGGAUCGUGGCAGAAGUGCGUGGCCACGUGCCAAGCUGCACUGCAGGCAGGAAAGAGCGCAGCAGUGGACAACACCAAUCCGGACUUGGAAUCGAGACGCAGGUACAUAGAGUGUGCCAAGGAAGCAGGUGUUUCCUGCCGGUGUUUCCUUUUUACCACCUCGUUGGAACAAGCCAAGCAUAACAACAGAUUUCGGGAAAUGACGGAAAAGGGGCAUGUGCCUGUGAACGAUAUUGUCCUGAACAGCUAUAAGAAUAAGUAUGUGGAACCCGCAUUGGAGGAGGGUUUCUCUGAAAUCCUCAAGAUUCACUUUGUGCCUCAGUUCACCGAUUCUCAACUAGAGUCACUGUACCGGCAAUUUACAGAGGGGUGACGGUACCCCACUAUUUGCACCCAUCUGACAGAGAGCCUUUUUGAAAUGUUCCUCUAUGGCCAAAGAAGGCAUGCUUACAAAGUGUGAGAGCUCCCCCUGCUGGUCAAAGGGGAACCUUGCUUUGGGCUGUGGACCAUCCUCAGGCUGUUUGAAAAUGGGAGUAGAGACUAGUAUAUGAUUCCCCCUUCCCCUAUGAAAUAAAGUUAUCGAACUCAAAA